AUGCUCCCACUCGUGGGUGACCUAGCUCCUCCGUCAUGUCGCGCAGCAGCCCUGUCCAUUGUCGUGUCCGGCCUGAUGCUCGGCGUGCUCGUUGCCCGCGUCCUCUCUGGAACGAUCUCAAACUUUGUUACCUGGCGCGCAGUAUACUGGAUGGCAUUUGCCCUCCAGUACAUCAUUUUCGUCCUCCUCUGGCUCUUCAUGCCAGAUUACCCAGCGACCAACCCCGGCAUGAAUUACUUCAGAAUCCUACUCGACAUUGUCAAAAUGCUGUUCCGCCACCCCGUUCUCGUCCAGGCAUGUCUAACAGGUCUCUUCUGCUCAGCGCCAUUUACAUCGUUUUGGACAACGCUGACAUUCCUCCUCGCCGGCGACCCAUACAACUACUCAUCCCUGACAAUCGGUCUCUUCGGUCUGAUAGGCAUAGCAGGCAUGCUCAUCUCCCCCAUCUACGCGCGUACAGUUACCGACCGCUUCGUACCACAUUUCUCCGUGCUUUUUGGCCUCACAUGCUCUCUCAUUGGUAUAUGUCUCGGCACCUACACUGGAACCUUUACGGUCGCAGGUCCCGUCCUUCAAGCACUGUUGAUGGAUUUCGGCAAUCAAACCGCGCAGAUCGCGAAUCGUUCUAGCAUCUACUCCGUCGAGCCUAAGCGGCGCAACGGAGUGAAUACUGCCUUCAUGGUCGCCACGUUCUGUGGUCAACUUAUUGGUACGGCGGCUGGGAACCAUAUUUACGCUGCUGCGGGCUGGAUUGGGAGCGGGAGUGCUAGCGUAGGUUUUAUCUCCGCAGCGCUUCUUGUUAUCAUUGCUAGAGGUCCAUGGGAGGAGAGAUGGGUUGGGUGGAGGGGUGGCUGGAGCAUGAUCAAGAAGGAUAAGGAUAGUGCUGAUGGUAAGACGGCGGAUAAAGAGAUGCAUGGGAGAAAUGUGGUAAGAGAUGAAGAAAUGGGCGUUGAUGCUAACGAGAAGGUAUUGGAAGAAGUUGCUGCGGAAGAGGGGCACGAGAGUCCAUUGAAGGACGGCGAUGGUAGUGAGAAGUGUAUUGAAGAAGGUGGGGUUAGAGAGCCAAAAGCAUGA